AUGGCUACAUUAAACAAGGCCAAUCUGGACAUUAGCCAAACUUGGAUCCAUCAGUCUGAUCCAAAACAAGGCGCAGGUCUAAAGGAGCCACAGAAUGAUGAUAUGUUUGCCUUCAAGGAUGUGGAUGAUGACGAAGUCUCUGUUUCCACCCCAACCACUGCCAUGACAAGUUCAGGCAGUCUUCUUCAAGACCUCUUUUUUGAAAACCUUGACUCAUUGCACGAUAGUGCAAAUUCAUUUGAUGAGAAACCACGGAGUUCAAGAAGUUCUCUGCAACACCCGCCCAAUAAAAAGCCAUCAAGUCAGACAAGAUUAAACAACAGCUUCAGCGAUAUCAGAUCGGAGGUUCGGAUGAUUGGUAUGGAUGGAACCAUUAUGCGCAUUCCAUCAAAGGCACAGGAAGAUUCAGUAUCCAAGUUGACAAGCACCGCGUCCAUGCCAGUGAAUCAAAAAGGAAAAAGAGGACACCGAGGACCGAGUACGUUUGCCACAGCCCCUGAACUCCGAGUCAAGUCAAUGGUAGCUAAAUGCCCAUCAAGGCCUGUUCGGCGACCUUUUUCAUCGUUUCCAAUCUGCGACAAAGACACCAGCUCUUCACUUUUGAGAAUGAACGAGGUACAAUCGGCGAUUUGUGAAGUGUUGACGGCCCAUGAUGACAAACGCGAAACUUCACCAGCUGAAGAGAGGUUUGCAGCCCAGUUCAAACUUCCUCCAGCGGUCAUUGACGAGCGCCCAAGAUGUCCUACUAGAAAGAAGUCUAACGACAAAUUGAGUUUAGUCGCACGAAAUCCAAGCUCAUCAGACCAACGCUCUGACUUCAACGUUCUACAUGCCCGAACUCCAUCCACUAGCUCCACACUCUCUCGAAGAAAUGGCAAGAGUAGAGUUUCCGAACUCGUGAUGAAGGUGAAAGCGUCACGUGCAUCCUUCCAGAAACUAAUGGAUGAGAGUGUACGUACUGUCGAGCCAGAGAGUCUUCGGAAAACCAAUGACGAGGCGCAUACUAGCAGGUCCAUGCAUCUUCAACAAACGUCUAUGGAAAAACAACUAGAAGAGAAAGAAGAAAUGAUCAAGAAACUCUCGCGACAAUUGCAGGAUGCAAGAGCAUUGAAUCAAAAGAAAGAUUUGGAAGCUGCUAGGAGAAAACCAGUGGUAAAAAUCAGAAGGAAACCAAAAUCCCCAGAGCCCAACAAACGAAACACCUGGCAGAAUGAAAAGCCAAGAAGAUCGACAUCUCGACUAGGAGCAAAAACUUCGAAAGGGCAAAACGUUUCGAAGAUCAAGAGGAAUGGAUCUGAGAGUCUAUUUUAG